GACAAAUUUACCCAAAGAACUGAUGGAAUUCGGAGGUUUCCCAUACAAAGAACCUGAUCACUCCUUUAUAUCACACGAAGAUGUAUUUAAGUAUAUAUCGGACUACGCUGAAGCCUUCAAUUUACUGCCAUUCAUCAAGUUUUAUCAUAACGUAGAAGGAAUUGCCCCUCUUCCUUAUGAAAAAUGGAACAUAAAAAUAAGAAAACUAAAAAGUCAAGAAGAACUAGAUAGAGAAUUUGACGCAGUAGUAGUAUGUGUAGGAACCUUUUCAGUUCCUUCCAUCCCAAAAUUGAAAGGUCUCGAUACAUUCCAGGGCUCAGUAAUUCAUAGUCACAUCUACAGAAAUACUGAUCCGUUUAUGCACAAGAAGGUUUUGAUCAUUGGUUCCGGACCAUCCGGAGUAGAUAUUGGCAAGCGUAUAGCCGCAGUAGCUGAUAAAGCAAUUUUAUCUCACAGAAGUAAGCAGGAAUCAGUACUGAAAAAGCUUUCUGAGAAUUUGAAAAUCAAACCGGAAAUUGAGGAAUUUAGAAAUAAUAGUGUGAUGUUCAAGGACGGUUCAGAAGAAGAAUUAGAUGCUGUUGUAUUAUGUACAGGUUAUCUUUAUACUUACCCUUUCCUUUCGCCAGAAUGUGGAAUAGAAGUAGAGGAAAACUGGGUGAAAUAUUUAUACAAACAUAUAAUAAAUAUUGAACAUCCCACAAUGGCAUUCCUUGGAAUACCCUUUCGGAUAUUUCCAUUUGCCAUAUUUGGAUUACAGGUGAAGUUUUUUCUUGCCCUAUUAGAAGGAAAAAUCAAUACAACCAGGGAUGAAAUGAUGAAAGACGUACUGAAAAAUGUGGAGAGUGUUCGAAAACCUACGAAUCGUUAUGCUCAUGAGUUGACUCUGGACCAAGUUGUUGAAUAUCUCGAUGACUUAGCAGAAACAGCGGGAAUCGAAAAAAUCAGACCAGUCCUCAACAAACUUUUCAAGCACAUACAAACAGAAAGAGUUGGUCAAAUAGAUAGUUCAUAUAAAUUAGUUGACGAUGAAAACUUUGUAGAAAUUUACUAAUAAAUUUUUUAAUAUUAUGUCUCA